ACCUCCGCGAGCCACUUCGCGUUUAAAAAACCCUUUACGACUUUCCCGGCGAAAACCGCCACAACCUUCCGCCGACAAACCUAGUCCCGGGUUAUUAAAUCGUUUACAUUUAAAUGGACUGUACUUAAAUAAGACGUACGUUCCGUUUUAAAAAGCCUGCGACAUGUCUUCUCGUUGUUAAACGUGUUGUUUUUUAUUUAAACACACACACACAUCAAAAUGCCAGGCAGUGAAAUGAGAUCCGGCCGGCGUCCUACGGGAAGAAAGAGAGAAGCUGAUGGCGUCCGUGUAGAAUGCCGGAGCGUUUACCAGGUCGAACUGUUUUCGACUUUGAGGGAUUGGAGAAAAAAAGGAAGACUGUCCGGAAUCUAAGAAACACAGGAUGGACUCGGAGGACAAUGAGGUGGAGAGCAGCAGCGAUGCGGGUCCCUCGGGGCUCGAGGAGCCCUCUGAGAGCGGGAUGGGAAUGGAGACGUCCGAGGCCAUGUCAGCGGACAGCAGUGACACGGCCGCCACGCCUCUGCUCGCACCCGAGCCCGACUCGCACGUGGGCCAGAGCUCCGAAGGCCUGGUGGAGGUGAUCCCGGAGAUGAGCUCCAGCACUGACGUCAUGGCUGUGGUCCACCUUCCAGACUCCUCCUCCGUCGCCCAGUCCACCAGCGUGUCCAGCGUUUCCACGGUGACGCAGUCCCUGCUGGUGUCGGAGUCUGCGCAGGUCCUGGUGCACUCCAGCGCUGUCGGCUCCGAGGGGCUCAUGAUGGUGUCUGACUCCACUGCCUCCACCUCCAGUGACCUGGGCUCUGCCAUCGACAAGAUCAUCGAGUCCACCAUCGGACCUGACAUCAUGAACGGCUGCAUUGCUGUAACGAGUGCAGAAGAUGGGGGGGCUGAGACCACCCAGUACCUCAUCCUGCAGGGACCUGAUGACGGUGCCCCCAUGGUCUCACAGAUGUCCUCCUCUGCUUUCUCGAACCGGAUAGCCAUGGAGUCCUUGGCGGAGGGGCCCACUUCCACCUCCACAUGUCUGGACCAGUCGGAAAUGGUCGAUCACCGAGCAAGCCUUCAGGAUCAGGAUGGGAUGCAUCCAGAUCAAACUGACCAGCCCGGGCAUUCCGGCUAUCCUGAACACGAGGAGCCCCAGCAUUCCCGAUACGUUGAGUACAGUGGGGAUAAUCCGGAUCAACCACAGAAUUCCCAGUACUUUGAGUACAGUGGAGAUCUCCCUGAUCAGCCCCAGCAUUCCCAGUACAUUGAAUGCAGUGGGAACAAUCUGGAUGAACCACAAAAUUCCCUGUAUAUGGAGUGCAGUGAAGAUCAUCCUGACCAGCCCCAACAUUCCCAGUACAGUGAGUGCAGUGGGAAUGAUCCGGAUCAACCUCAGAAUUCCCAGUACAUUGAGUGCAGAGGGAAUGAUCCAGAUCAACCUCAGAAUUCCCAGUACAGUGAGUGCAGUGGGAAUGAUCUGGAUCAACCUCAGAAUUCCCAGUACAUUGAGUGCAGUGGGAAUGAUCCGGAUCAGCCUCAGAAUUCCCAGUACAUUGAGUGCAGAGGGAAUGAUCCAGAUCAACCUCAGAAUUCCCAGUACAGUGAAUGCAGUGGGAAUGAUCCGGAUCAGCCUCAGAAUUCCCAGUACAGUGAGUGCAGUGGGAAUGAUCCGGAUCAACCUCAGAAUUCCCAGUACAGUGAGUGCAGUGGGAAUGAUCUGGAUCAGCCUCAGAAUUCCCAGUACAUUGAGUGCAGUGGGAAUGAUCCGGAUCAGCCUCAGAAUUCCCAGUACAUUGAGUGCAGUGGGAAUGAUCCAGAUCAACCUCAAAAUUCCCAGUACAGUGAGUGCAGUGGGAAUGAUCCGGAUCAACCUCAGAAUUCCCAGUACAUUGAGUGCAGUGGGAAUGAUCCGGAUCAACCUCAGAAUUCCCAGUACAUUGAGUGCAGUGGGAAUGAUCCGGAUCAACCUCAAAAUUCCCAGUACAGUGAGUGCAGUAGGGACGGUCCGGACCAGCCCCAGCAUUCCCAGGAGCAGUCUGGGUCCCGGGAGGUAGAGAGGUCAGAGCGCCUGGGGGACCUGGACCUGGCAGAGCUGGAGGAGAUGAUGGAGGUGGUGGUGGUGCAGCAGUUCAAGUGCAAGAUGUGUCCCUACAAGAGCAUCUCCAAGGACACCCUCAUCAAGCACAUGAGGGAGCGCCACUUCAGAAACACCAGUGCCCCCCCACCAAAGAAGCGAGGCCGCGGCCGCCCCAGACGUCAGGACUCCACCCAGGAGGAAGCAGUGAAGGGGGGGGAGCAGGCCGAGGAGGAGGAGGAUGAUAUUGUAGACGCCGGUGCCAUUGACGACCCUGAAGACGACAGUGACUAUAACCCAGCUGAGGACGAGCCUCGCGGACGGCAGCCCAGUUUGCCGCGUAGCGCCCCAACCUCUUCCCUGGAGAGGCCUCGUCGGAGGGUGGUGCGCCCCAGGAAGUUCCCCACCGAGAGGCGCCCCCUAAACCAAGGAGGCGAGGUGGAGCCCUUGAUUCCCUCUGUAUCCAAUCAAAGUGCAGAGCUACAGGGUUCCGAGGCAGCCAGCUCCUCAGGGUUGGGCAAUGGGGCAACCUCAACAUCCAAUGAGAACUGCGCCGAGCCAGGUGUCAGCCAAUCGGAUUCAGAGAACAAGGAUCCCUCCUCUAAUACAGGUGCAGAGGAGACAGGCUACUUCCCGAGGAGGCGAGGCCGACCCUCCAAGCGAUUCUUACGCAAGAAAUACAAGAAGUACAUGUCGACCCGCAAAUAUUAUUACAGAUCGCACAAGCCCCUGCUGAGGCCACAUCACUGCCGGAUCUGUGGCUCGCGUUUCCUGACGCAGGUCGACAUGCGAUUCCACCUGGAUUCUCACGAGGGGAACGACCCGGAGCACUUCAAGUGCCUGCAGUGCAGCUAUCGGUGCAAGCGCUGGUCUUCCUUGAAGGAGCACAUGUUCAACCAUGAGGGAACAAAGCCAUACAAAUGCGACGAGUGUGACUACACCAGUGUGUACAAGAAGGAUGUAACCCGUCACUCUGCCGUGCACAGCAAGGACAAGAAAAAGAAGACUGAGCUGGUUCCCAAGAUCACCCAGUACCCCUGCCCAGUGUGCAGCCGGGUCUACCCCAUGCAGAAGCGGCUCACACAGCACAUGAAGACGCACAGCUUGGAGAAACCGCACAUGUGUGACAAGUGCGGGAAGUCCUUUAAGAAACGAUACACCUUCAAAAUGCACCUCCUGACUCACAUUCAGAGCUACGGGAACAGCAGGUUCAAGUGUGAGUUCUGUGAGUACACGUGCGACAAUAAGAAGCUUCUACUCAACCACCAGCUUUCACACACCAGCGACAAACCCUUCAAAUGCGACUACUGUAAAUACUCCACCACCAAAGAGGACUUCCUGGUGUCUCACAUGGCCAUCAAGCACACAGGUGAGAAGCCGUUCUCCUGUGAUUUGUGCCACUUCGUGACGAAGCACAAGAAGAACCUGCGGCUGCAUGUGCAGUGCCGCCAUGCGGAGAGCUUUGAGGAGUGGGCCAGGAGUCACCCCGAGGAGCCCCCUCGCCGCCGACGCCCCUUCUUCACCCUGCAGCAGAUAGAGGAGCUCAAGCAGCAGCAUGAGAACAGCCAGGCUGUGCAGGACAGCACCCACGGACCCAUCGUUUCAAUAGCCCAGAUGGCAUUUCAAGCAGUGCAGUCCACGGAGAAUCCCACCGUAACCCAAGAUUCCCUGGGAAACACCACCAUCAUAUACGAGCAAGCAGGAGAUGAAUCGGCUGAACUGGCAGCACAGAAUGCACUGGACCUGCUGCUGAACAUGAGCAAUCCCAGAGAGCUGGUCAGUAACUCGCUGCAGGUAGCAGUGCUGAAAUCGGACGGGACGGCAGGGGACCUGGAGGAGGGGGAGGCAGACCCCGCUGAGCACCUCUCCUCCCAGACCCAGAAGGUUGUGACGUUCCACGUGAGGGAGCACGGGGAGGCCCUGGUGCAAGAGGCCUUUGAACCCAGGGCCAUGGAGGGGGGUACUGAGAUCACCCAGAUCAACAUCACCUCGUACCCAGGCGGGGAGCUGAGCGUGGUGGAGCAGCCGGGAGAGGAGAUCCACAGCACUGCCACCGUGUACAGCAGUGGGGAUGCCAGCCCAGAGGGCUCUCAUUCUGUGGUGGUCAGCAGUGGCGCUUUGACUGGUACCCUGAAGGAGCACAAGGGAAAGUACUACCUGACAUCCAGCCUCGGUGGAGGGACUGUCCAGCAAAUUGAGCUCAGCAGCGAGACCCCCGCCUCCCCCCCUUCCACCUCCUCCAGUCAGCAGCUCAACUCGAAGAAGUUCUCCUGCAAGAUCUGCAUGGCCUCCUUCCACGGCAGGGCGGAGAUGGAGAGCCACAAGAGAGCGCAUGUGGGUCCCAACAUGUUCAAGUGCCCGGACUGUAGCUAUGCUGCUUCCUCCUGGCCAGAUGUGCGGAAUCACACGACCCAGCACGCUGACCUCCGACCCCAUAAGUGUGGCCACUGCAGCUUCGCGUCCAAGAACAAGAAGGACCUGCGACGCCACAUGAUGACUCACACCAACGAGAAGCCCUUCGCCUGUGAGAUCUGUGGACAGAGGUUUAACCGGAACGGACACCUCAAGUUCCACAUGGAGCGGCUGCACAGCUACGAGCCGCCCGCCCGCAAGGCCCGGCUCGGGGGGACCCAGCAGGCUGUCAUCCUGAACAGCGACGAGGAGACGCUGGCCACGCUGCAGACUGCUCUGCAGGCCAGCCAGACAGUGAUCACUCCGGAGAGACUGCAGCAGGCUCUGGGGCAGGACCACAUCAUCGUAGCCCAGGAGCAGACUCUGUCAGACCAGGAGGAAACAACGUACAUCCAGCAGAUAACCACGGUGGAUGGGCAGACAGUGCAGCACCUGGUGACUGCUGAGAACCAGGUAACCGAGGUCCAGUAUAUCAUCUCACAGGACGGGAUUCAGCACAUCAUCCCUCAGGAAUAUGUGGUGGUGUCGGAAGGAAACCACAUUCAGGUGCAGGAUGGACAGAUCGCUCACAUUCAGUACGAACAAGACGGCCAGUUCCUACAGGAGCAGCAGAUCGCGUUGAGCCACGACGGGCAGAUCCAGUACGUACCCAUCAGUUCGGGGGAACAGAUCGUCAGCCAUGAGGAUCUAGAGGCUGCAGCACAUUCCAGUGUUACUGCAGUGGCCGAUGCAGCCAUGGCCCAGACUCAGACCGUGUAUGCUACAGAAGCCACGCCCGAGCAGCUGGAGCAGAUGCAACAGCAGGGGAUCCAGUAUGACGUCAUCACGAUCACUGAAGAGUAGGGGGAAGCAGCACAGAACUGCACUGUGGGACAUUGUUGGGUUUUAAACGUCCACCACCGUCCAGAAAAGUACAGAUUUGCUUUCUCCGCACCAUUAAAGCCUGGCAAACCUGGUUCCAGCUUUCACAUUUUGUACACACAACUGUAGAGACUAGCGACCAGUCAGCCUGGGUUGAAACAGCGGCGCAUUUCACUGUAUAGGACAUUUUGAAAUACUACUUUCAAAAGCAUGUAUAAUAUCUAGUCAGGCCCUAAUUAUAAUCUACCAGUUUGGUGCAAGUAUAUAAAUAAAAAUGUGACCCAAGAGGAGAUAAGUAUUCUGAGACCCAGAAGUGACUUCUAUGUUGUACAGACUUUCUUUUGCGUUCCCUGGUAAUGAAUCCUUCCCCAGUCUCUUGGAGGGACGCGUUCUGUAUUUGUCCUGCAAUAUGCAGGCUCCAUGUGGAAAUCCCCUCCACCUUCACUGCAGUAAACAUUCAUUUAACCAAGACAAGUAAUUGCAGUUUAAUUGCAGACCCUAACGAUGCAGCGACUCGUUUGUAUUUGGGAUGCUGCUGUACCAGGUACUACAGUGACUCGUGUUUGAUCCAGGACUUCCUUACAGACAGGAUGGGAUACCUUAUUUCUGGGUCUACUGGAAGUCUCUGGUUUACAGUAACAGGAUGCAGCAGCCAGUGUUUUGGCACACGCGAGGUUUCAGAUGUGAAAAGUAAAGUCAUGGGUCAUUCAAUUCGUGUGCCUGUGAAUUCUAUUGCACUUUGUUUUAAAAGCAGAGAGGCGGGUGGGUUCUGGAGACUGUAGAAUCUAAAGAAUCUAAAACAAUGUCUUGUGUGUGUGUGUGUGUGUAUAUAUAUAUAUAUAACAUUUAAAACUAUGAAUCAUUGAAACUGCCUGUGUCCGUCUCAUGUUGGAAGAAGCUAAUUGGACUAUUCCGUGUGUAAACUGCGCCUCUUUGAAAUUCUUGCACAUUAAUGGACAGAGGUGGUCUCCCGUCAGUCUAUAAAAUGGGAAACGUAGUCUUAAAAGUCCUAUAAAUGGAGGUAUGUGAGGAUGUGGACAAUCAGAUGUAUGUUUUUUCUUUUCUUUUUUGGCAGCAGAGGGGUUUCAUGAUAAUGCCCCUCUAUACUGCUCAGUGCUUAUUUCAUGUUAAACACUUUUGCUCUUUCUAGUUUAUUUUCUGUUGUUGCUUUCAUCAGUAUGUCUUCUUGCUUUGUUUUUGGAGCAUGCAUCCCACAGUGGGGGUGCUACCUUGGGGUGAUAUCUGUUCUUUAUAACCCCAAUAUCGGGGGAACUGGAAGAAUUGCAUGUGUGCUCUAGGAAUGAGGCUGCCCCGUGUAAAUACACUUCAUUAUAGUUUCAAUUAGAUUUAGCAGGAGCGCAGAGCCAGCUCUCAAUAAAUCCCUAAUGCUGA